AAAACUCUGACAAGCAGUCCUUUGCAAUCCCUUAGAAAAAUCCUGUAAAACAACCACAAAUUGAAUGGAAUUUCUAUAAGUCUGUGCAUUUCAACAAGAGUUGUUCACUUACACAUUUUUAACAGAAGGAGGCACUCUGUUUUCAGUGUUCACAAAAGUUUCUUUAGUGUCUGGACUUUUAAAAAUAAUUAAAUGAAUUUUAAAAUAGCCUUCAGUUCCAGUGAAGAGGACCUGUCUUCUAUUUAACACACCAUUUCCUUCACCAUAUUUUAGUUGGCCAGGCCAUGGCUUGCUGGAAGGAAAUACGAAGCAGCAGCUGGAUUUAUCCUACCCUGGUCCUCUGCAUUUAUGGAUUUUUCUCCAUGAUGAGGCCAUCAGAACCUUUCCUCACCCCUUAUCUAACAGGACCAGAUAAAAACCUGACCAUUGAUGAGGUUACAAACCAGGUUUUCCCAGUUUGGACAUACUCGUAUCUGGUCUUACUGUUUCCUGUUUUCUUGAUUACGGACUAUCUACGCUAUAAGCCCAUCAUUAUUCUACAAGGCCUUAGCUUCAUUAUUACAUGGCUGAUGCUUUUAUUUUUCCAAGGAGUGCUAGCCAUGCAGUGGAUGGAGUUUUUUUAUGGGAUGGUAACGGCCACUGAAGUUGCCUAUUACGCCUACAUUUACAGCGUUGUCAGUGCUGACCAUUAUCAGAAAGUGACUAGUUAUUGCAGAAGCAUCACACUUGUUGCAACCACAGUUGCAGCGGUGUUGGGGCAACUUUUAGUAUCUUUGGCAGAGCUAUCCUAUUUUUAUCUAAAUGCCAUUAGUUUGGCUUCUCUGUCCUUGGCCUUCCUAGCCUCAUUUUUUCUACCAAUGCCAAAAAAAAGUAUGUUCUUUCACAAAAAUCGUAUCCCUGAAACUCCGCAAGGAACAAUGGGGCAAGACACAAUGUCAAAUGCACCCAGCAUGAACGAGCAGCCAAGUUGCCAAGAGGACAAAGAUGCCGCGAAAUCAUCUGUCAUUACCAGGACAUUGCCUGAAUGCCAGUCUGACAAGCACCAGUGUCACAUGCUUGUGCAGUUAUGCAAGGAUUUAAAGGAAUGCUAUUGCACAAAGAAACUUCUUUACUGGUCCUUAUGGUGGGCUUUAGCCACUGCAGGCUAUAACCAGAUUGUGAAUUACGUCCAGGUGUUAUGGGACGACCGAGCACCCUCUCAGAAUUACGACGUUUAUAAUGGGGCUGUUGAGGCAGCAGCAACAUUUCUGAGUUCAGUAACCGCCAUGGCAGUAGGAUAUGUGAAAAUUAACUGGGAUCUUUCAGGAGAGCUAGCACUGGGAAUCUUCUCUGCACUGGAUGCUGGUUCUCUAUUUCUCAUGCAUUUUACUGCCAACAUCUGGGCAUGCUAUGCUAGCUAUCUAGUUUUCAAGUCAUGUUAUAUGCUUCUCAUAACAAUAGCAACGUUUCAGAUCGCUGUCAAUCUAACCAUGGAACGCUACGCUUUAAUGUUUGGAUUCAACAACUUUGUUGCACUGGUGAUUCAGACUAUUAUAACUGUAGUCGUAGUUGAUUCAAGAGGUCUGGGAUUGAAGAUAGUCACCCAGUUCCUAAUUUAUGGCAGUUACUUUGCAGUCAUAGCUGGGAUUUUCUUGAUCAGAAGCAUUUACACAAUUGUCUCAAUCCAAUGCAAAAAGGAAACACAGAACUUCUCCAACGGAUCUCAGAACAUUAAGGAACAAGAAUCAGAAACCAGAUUAUAACCAGCUAUGCAAACAUCUGUAACUUUAAUGGACUUAUCAAAAAUGCCUCUGCUUGCAAAACUCUCACUGAAGUCAAUGAGAGAUUGCAGUAAGGGGAGCAGCACUUAGUCCUUCAUGUACGCCCCUGCUAAAUCACAACAAACUUACUCCAACCGAAAGAAUUGCCUGAUAUGAUUGAACACCAGAUCUUCAGCUGGUGUAAAUCAAUAUUGUGCCGCUGAUCUGAACUGAUCUAAACUAACGUUGAGAAUGUGAAAGUAGAAGGCAGCCUGGGUGAAAGUGAUCAUGAAAUCAUAGACUUUGCAAUUCUAAGGAAGGGUAGAAGGGAGAACAGCAAAAUAGAGACAAUGGAUUUCAGGAAGGCAGAUUUUGGGAAGCUCAGAGAGCUGAUAGGUAAGGUCCCAUGGGAAUCAAGACUGAGGAGAAAAACAACUGAGGAGAGUUGGCAGUUUUUCAAAGGGACACUAUUAAGGGCCCAAAAGCAAGCUAUUCCGCUGGAUAGGAAAGAUAGAAAAUGUGGCAAAAGACCACCUUGGCUUAACCACGAGAUCUUGCACGAUCUAAAAAAUAAAAAGGAGUCAUAUAAAAAAUGGAAACUAGGACAGAUUACAAAGGAUGAAUAUAGG